CCCCCCCCUCUUCUUUACUUUCAAUCUACCUCCCUUGCGUAUUUCGCGGGUAACUUCUAGCCUGCAUCUAUAAAUAUUGCCCGGCCAUUGGACGGUCCAGCCGAGCCCUAUAUAGUGUACGUCCCCGUGCCCCAGACCGCCGCUGAAGUAUUAGAUCUCGUUGAUUUCCUGCUCCCUCUUCUCUUUCUCUUUCUUUCAUCAUGUCUGAUCAGUCCAAGCAGCCUGAGUCUUCUACCAACAACCCUUCCCAAGAAGGAGAGAACAACAACAACAACACUACCUCUUCCCCUUCCUCCCCUCAACAAGAGAACCCUCCUACUGGUGAUCAGGAAGGACAAGAACAGAAGCCCGAGGACAACGACACCACAGAAGACAAGCCCAAAGAAGAAGAAGAAGACAAACAAGAGGACGAAGACCCUCAACCCAAACAAGAAGAACAAGAACAAGAACAAGAACAAGAAAAAGAACCCCAACCUAAACAAGAACCCCAAGACCAAGAAGACAAAGCACCCAAACAAGAACCCCAAUCGUCCGACGAAGAACCCGAACCCGAACCAGAACAACGCGCCCCUCAACCCUCUCAAGACCGUAAACGCCGCUCCCGACCUCCCCAGAAACUCCGCCAAAGAGACGAUUACUCCGACAUGGACAACAACCAGCAAGUAGACCGACCCCGCCGCCAGCGCCGCCAGCGCCCCCAACAGCAACAACAGGGUCAAGACGGCGGUCCCCUGGGCGGCCUCCCCGGCGUCGGCCAGGCCGGCGAUCUCGUCCAGAACACAGCAGGUAACGCCCUGAACGGAGUAACGGGCAGUGCCGGCAAAGCUGUGGGCGGGAUCCUCGGUGGAGGCGGCGGCGGGGAGGAGAAGGAAGGCAAGGAUGAACAGUUGAGGCUGAGACUCGAUCUGAAUCUGGAUAUCGAGGUGCAGUUGAAGGCCAAGAUUCAUGGUGAUCUUACGCUUGGGUUGUUGAACUGAGUGAGUGUGUGAGUGUGUGUGUACUGUGAGGAGAAGAGUACUGGGAUUUUCUUUUUUGGGAAAAAAAAGUCAGUCUCGUUUCAAGUUACUAUCCGCUUGUGUUGU